CACACGUCUCUGUAAUGGGGAGGAGAUGUGCAGUGAGGGGGAGGCGGAGUAUAUAUCCACUCUGCACUGUAAUAACGCGUUUGAUGCUGCUGGCAGAAAACCCUUCAGUAACAGGCACACCGAUAAUUUCCACCCACUUGUAGGUGUAAAAUAUUUGGAGGAUAUACAGUGAAGCCAUGGUUCACCGGUCUAUAGGGCUGCUGGUAUUGUUUUCUCUACAGAGCUCAGCACUCAACUCCCAAAAUGGCUCCGUGCCCUUCCUGCGGACUUUCUCUGCUCACUUUGUAACAGUCACUGAUGAGCCUUUCGACUACAUUGACCUGCCUGUGUUGGACAGUUUGAGAGAUGGCGAUGGGUCUGGCUCAGGGUCGGAGCAGGAUGCGGUGAAAACACACGGCCCACGCCGCCAUCCCCAGAAGCAUUAUUUUGUCUCCGAGGAAACUAAAGGUUUUCUCCAGGGUCACCUGGCAACAAGCUUUGUCCCGACCGUUUACAUGCUCAUCUUCAUUAUCAGUGUGCCCCUCAACCUUGUUGCCGUGGUGAUGUUUGUGCAUCCCGUCCGUCCCAGAAAACCGGCGGUGAUCUACAUGCUGAACCUGGCCUGCGCUGACCUGCUGUUUGGCCUCCUCCUUCCCUUCAAGAUCGCCUACCAUUACAAUGGCAACAACUGGAUCUAUGGCUCCUUCAUGUGCAGAGUUGUCACAGCAGCUUUCUACUGCAACAUGUAUUGCUCUGUCCUGCUCAUGACGUGUAUCAGCAUUGACCGUUUCCUGGCUGUGGUUUACCCCAUGAACUCGCUGACGUGGCGCAGCCCUCAGACAGCUACAGCUGUGUGUGCUGCCAUGUGGCUGUUGGCCCUCGGAGGAGUAUCCCCUCUCCUCAUCUCAGGGCAAACCAUCUAUUUGCCAGACCUGGGCAUCACCACCUGCCAUGAUGUGCAGGAUGUGGAUAAACUACAAGCCUACUAUCUUUACUUCUUCCCCAUCUACUCCUCCGUCUUCUUCUUCAUCCCUCUUGUCUUCACUGCCGUCUGUUACGUACGUAUUAUUCAGGCUCUGGCAGCAGCCAACGUGGAGAACCGCUCCAGGAAGACUCGAGCUGUGGUGAUGGCUGUGAUCGUGCUGGUGGUGUUUGUGGUCUGCUUCACCCCCACCAACAUCAUCCUGAUGGUUCACUAUGUUCAGCUGUCUCACAAGUCCAGUGACAGUUCCUACCAGGCGUACCUGCUCUCCAUGUGUGUUGGCAGCCUCAGCGCCUGUCUGGAUCCAGUCCUCUAUUACUUUGCCUCCUCUCAGUGCCAGAAACAGGUGGCGGCACUGCUCAGAUGUAAGCGCCUGGCACAAGCAGACAGCAGCUCAGCAACACAGAGUACAAGAACCAGUGGGCGGAGAGACAGCGGCAGGUCAUGCAAGAUGGAGAGCAUUCAAACUGGCCUGGGGAGCCAUUACAGCAGGCUGGUGGCUUAACUACAUGGACAUGAGGAGCCUGCUUCUGAGACACAAUUCAAACUUGCACACACAGUAUCAUUUAAAUCCUUACUAAAGAAAUGCUCUGGUUGGAUCAAAAGAGUGUGUGUCCAGGUAGUGCUGGACUUAUCCACCAGUGUGGGAUUGUGUGACAUGUUUGAUUCAUUUAGUUGGAUAGCAUAGCACAAACUUUUCUGCCAUUCUUUUCAGAUUUUUGUUUCUGUUUUUCAAGGAAUCGUAGGAGUUAAACAGCUAGCAUAUAACAAUGAUAUAGUUUUAAUCUGAAAAAUAUUACAUGUGAUGUAGUAACUGCAUUAUUGUAAGACAAAAACCUUCGGUUUUGACAUCUUUUUCUUAAUGCAAUUCAGUAUAUCACCAUCUGUUUUAAAAAAAAAAAGUAAAAUCAUGAAUCACUUAUGCACUGGCAUUCAUAGCGUACAGUAAAUAAUUCAAUCAAAACAAAACUACUACAUUACACAUAUUGCUUAAUACAAAUGUUGCUGUAUCUCUUUUUUUAUUUUUUAUUGCUGCUCACUCUGUGCUCUCUUUGUCGUCGGGGCAGAGCUCUGAAACACAGGAGAACAUAACAAAAGACAAACUGUAAGAGAAGAGAGCAAAUAUUCCCUUGUUGGCAGCAUUUCCAUUUCCUGACCAUGUGCAUUGUACUUGAAGUUUGCUGUAUAAAAACAAUGUAAUCAGAAGGUCAUACAUUAUGCAUUUCACAGCACAACAUCUCCACCUUGUGGUAACUUGUGUAAGUUGCUGUGUCCAAUAAAGAACUAGACCGACA